UCUCCUAACCUAAAAUGUCUGAGCGUCAUCGACACAUUGAUAGGUAAACACGUGUAGGUUGCACGCUUUGAAUUAUCGAAUAUUAUUAUUUUUUUAAUUUUCUUGAAUAAUAAUAAGUGAAAAUAUUUUCUAAAAAAUGGUAUAAAGUUUCACGUUUUCUAUUUAAAAUAAUUAAAUAAAGACAAUGAAACUAACAAACGGUCAUCCAAAACAAACAGAAAAAUUAAAGGUUAGGAAGAACAAAAGAAAAUUAGAAAAGGAAAAUUUUGAAGAAAAGUAUGAAGAAGUUAUUGAAAAAAUGAAUGAUGAAGAAAAUCCGAAAAGGAUUCGGUUUCUUUUGCCAGUUAAAACCAAAGAAGGAGUUUUAAAAAAAAGAGUAGUUAAAGAAGAAAUUACAGAAGAUGCAGAAGAAAAUGAUGUGAAUGGAGAUCAUAAAGGAAAUGUCAGUGCAAAUGAUGAAGAUAGUGAUUUAGAACAAGCUAGUGGAGAUAAUGAGCUUAUAGCAAAUCUAGAUUUACAAGUGAAUGAUGAUGAAGAAGAUGAGACAGUAUCACCUGAAGAGCGAAAAGCACGAAGAGAAAAAUUACUCAAUGACAGAAAAAUAAAAGUUGGGUUACUAGCUAGUAAUUUGUUGGAAGAUCCAGAAAAUAGAAUGAAAAACUUGAAAAUUUUAAUUGAUAUGAUGGAAGAAAAUACACCAACAUUUAUCGCAUUAAAAAAAAUCGUAAUAAUUUCAUUGCUAGAAGUAUUUAAGGACUUGUUGCCUUCUUAUCGUAUUCAUCAAGCUAAACAAGAGGGAGUAAAAUAUAAAAAAGAAACUCUUCAUUUGCAGAAUUAUGAAUCUAUGCUUCUCAAAUAUUACAAAACUUAUCUCCAGAAAUUAGAAAAAUUGGCAGGAACAUUGAGGAAGAAAAAGGGAGAUACUCGGGUUGUAUCUGAAUUGGAAAUACAACUUGCAAGAAUAUCUAUUUCUUGCAUGUGUGACUUAUUGACAAUACAUCCUUAUUUUAAUUUUUCACUUAACAUUACUGAUUUCCUAAUUCCUUAUUUAAACAAUAAACGACCAGAUAUUCGUGAAAGAGUUGCUAAAUGUUUCACCCAAAUAUUUAAAGAGGAUAAGAAAGCAGAAUUAUCUUUGACGAUUGUAAGAAAAAUAAAUCAACUUAUAAAAUUGAAGGGUAAUUCUAUGCAUACAGAAGUGCUGUCAAUACUCUUAGCUCUUAGAAUAAAAAAUGUUAAUCUUGAUAAAGAACGUGAAGAAGAUCAUAAACAGAAGACACUUAUGAAUCAUAAGCAGAGGAUUCUAUCUUUAAGCAAACGAGAACGUAAGAGGAAUAAAAAAUUGGAGCAGGUUGAAAAAGAAUUAUUAGAAACCAAAGCAGAAGAAGAUAAAGCAAAGUCUCAUAAAAUUUUAACAGAAAUAACGACUAUUGUUUUUACAAUCUAUUUUAGAAUAUUGAAACACGCUCCAACAAGUAAACUUCUGUCUGUCUGCUUAGAAGGAUUAGCGAAAUUUGCACAUUGUAUCAAUUUAGACUUUUAUCAAGAUUUAGUGAAUGCUAUUAACCAUUUAAUGGAAAAUGGAUAUCUAGGACAACGAGAACAACUCCAUUGUAUUCAAACAAUUUUCAUGAUACUUUCUGGUCAAGGUUCAGCAUUAAAUAUUGAUCCCCAGAGAUUUUAUUCUCAUCUUUAUCGAAUUUUAUUAGAUAUCGAUCUCACGACUUCUCCUGAAAACUGUGAAAUACUAAUCAAGUGUUUAGUUCUAUCUUUAAUUAAUCGAAGAAAGAGAGUUACCCAGAAUCGUUUGAUUGCUUUCAUUAAAAGAAUAAUGAUAAUGAGCCUUCAAUUACAUCAUCAUGAAGCUCUAGGGUUUUUAGGCAUCAUAAGAUCUUUAUUUCAAAAAUGUAAGUUUGUAGAUAUUCUACUAGAUACUGAUAGCAAUGUCGGAGAUGGAUGUUAUCAACCAGAACUGGAGGAGCCUGAGCAUUCUAAUGCAAGUUGUGCAGCAUUAUGGGAGUUGGCAGCUUUACAAAGACACUAUCACAGUAUUGUCCAAAAAUUAUCUAAGAAUAUUGCUGCUGGUGUUCCAGUUACUGGAGAAGGGAAUCUUGCUCCAGAAAUAGCUAAAUUAUCACCAGAAGAGCUUUAUUCUGAAUAUAACCCUUCGGGUCUUGCCUUUAAACCUGCAGUUCCGGUUCCAAAAAAAGUAAAAAUUAAAUCUAAUUUUAGUAAAAACUUUGUAAGUGGUGAAUUUGAAGACUACAUUCGAGAAACUGAUAAUACAUUAUUGUCAAUAGCGAAAGAUAUAGAUUUUUAUAAGAUUUGUAGAAAAAAAUAA